AUGGAUAUUUUUAGCCUGUUCCCGCGGUCUCCUGUCGACGUCCUGUCUUAUUCCAACUUCUUCAGGUUCUCACGCAACGCUCCAUCCUCUGCAAUCUCUACAAUGUGCAAGCACGUCCUCAACGCCCAGGUAUCCAUUCGCGCGCCAUGCUGCCGAAAGUGGUUCGACUGCGCCGAAUGCCACCGUGAGCAGGAAACACACCCCUUGAAGAAAACCACAGAAAUGACAUUUGCCUGCAAGAAAUGCAAAAAGUGUUUCCGCAAAGAUGCCACCGAGUUUGACGAGACCGAUGAAUACUGCCCUCACUGCGAUAACCAUUUCGUCAUUGAAGCAGUCACUCCCAAGCCUGCCUUACGAGUCGAAGGAGAGGAUGCCCGUAUGGAUGCAAGGAUGCUCAAGGACGAUCGCGUACGAAAAGAUACGGAACGGUCUAUAUUCAACAUCAAAGAUGCAUAUGAACGGUUGGGCUGAGGUUGGGAAUGUGAGGUAGACUUGUAUCACUUGCAAUGACUUACGACCUUAUGCUUCCUCGUCCCAGUUGCCGUCCCCGUGUAUCAUAAUAUAGAACAGAACAGAUAUCCAGGAGAUAUAUAGAAUCGUGCCAUAAAAAUUGAGUUUUUU